AUGGGAUCAGCCUCCAGUUGCUGUGGUUCAGAGAAGCUUGAAGAGGGGAUAACGACAAUUACUGCAGCAAAUAAUGCUACAUGGAGGAUAUUUUCUUACAAGGAGUUGCAUACCGCUACUAAUGGCUUUAGUGAAGAUAACAAGCUUGGAGAAGGUGGUUUUGGCAGUGUUUACUGGGGAAAAACUUCUGAUGGGCUUCAGAUUGCAGUGAAGAAAUUGAAAGCUAUGAAUUCAAAAGCCGAGAUGGAAUUUGCGGUGGAAGUUGAAGUUCUGGGAAGGGUUAGGCACAAGAAUUUGUUGGGUCUAAGAGGCUACUUUGCUGGGACUGAUCAACGCCUCAUUGUUUACGAUUACAUGCCUAAUCUCAGCUUGCUCUCUCAUCUCCAUGGUCAAUUUGCCAAAGAGGUUCGAUUAGAUUGGAAAAGAAGGAUGAAAAUCGUGCUUGGCUCCGCUGAAGGCCUCCUGUAUUUGCACCACGAGGUGACUCCCCACAUCAUUCACAGAGAUAUAAAAGCCAGCAACGUUCUCCUGGAUUCUGAUUUCGAACCACUGGUUGCAGAUUUUGGAUUCGCAAAGCUGAUUCCUGAAGGCGUCAGCCAUAUGACCACCAGAGUGAAGGGCACAUUAGGCUACCUAGCACCAGAAUACGCCAUGUGGGGCAAAGUUUCCGAGAGUUGCGACGUUUACAGCUUCGGAAUUCUUCUUCUAGAAAUCCUGACAGGAAGAAAACCAAUCGAAAAGCUCCCUGGAGGAGUCAAAAGAACCAUAACAGAAUGGGCAGAGCCCCUCAUUCUAAAAGGAAGAUUCAGGGACCUUGUUGAUCCAAAGCUCCGAGGAAACUUCGAUGAAAACCAGUUGAUACAAGCCAUUAAUGUUGCAGCCCUGUGUGUGCAGUCGGAGCCCGAGAAGCGGCCAAACAUGAAGGAAGUUGUGAAUAUGCUUGAAGGGUAUGAUCCUCGUGGCAAAGUGAUGCAGAUGAGAAUCGAAAGUGUUAAAUACAAGGAAGAAUUGCUGGCUAUGGAUCAAACUAGCGACGAAGAUAUUGGUCCUGAGGAUCGUGAUGAAAGUACUUAUGGAGUUUUCGGAGCCUUGGAGAUUCCAACAAUGCAAGAUCCACACAAAGAUCGGAAAACACAUAAAUAA